AUGCCUGGCUCCAACGGCCAAACAGACCAGCAUAUCGAUAAGCGAGACUUCGACGCGAAUCGACCUCUGUUGCUGGCCUCGGAUCAGCAUGCCUCGAAUGAAGAGUGGAAUCCAGACUCGGCUCGGUCACGACCGAGAUCGCACUACUCACGCCGCUCGGGGGAGAGCGGACGGGGAGGAAGUGACGACGGACUGUUGAGCGAUGUGGUUGAUGGCAUUGUUGAGCGGGACCGAAGGAAAAUGCACAAGGAGGUGGUCCGAGUGAUAAGCUUUGCUUGGGGAGUUGUUACCUGUCUUGGAGCGGGAAGUAUUACCGCCUUUUCGCUAUACGGCCAUCUCCUCCUUACACGACUUCGAUAUACCCAGCUCCAGGUCAACGCUGUGUCGAUUGCCGCCGAGAUUGCCAUGUACUUGCUAGUCCCGCUUUUCGGCUACCUUUGUGAUCGAUACAGUCCAUCGCCGCUGGCGCUGUUCUCGGGACUUCUAUUCGGAGUGGGAUAUCUGCUUGCUGCGCUGACGUACAGGAGUGGACCUCCUGUUGAUGCUGGUGGCUCCGGCUGGCCGUUUUGGGUGAUGAUCGUGGCUUUCAUCGCGAUUGGCAUGGGUACCAGUUGCAUGUAUCUGGCAGCCGUGGCAACGUGCGCCAAGAACUACGGCAGGGGGAAACACAAGGGAAUCAUGCUGGCUAUUCCCAUUGCAGCAUUCGGCCUUAGCGGCAUGUGGCAGAGCCAGCUUGGAACAUAUGUUUUGUACGAAAAGAACCCGGAUGGCAGUCGCGGCGAUGUGGAUGUCUUCCGGUACUUUAUGUUCCUGGCCAUCCUAUUGCUGGUCAUUGGGGUUAUUGGGACAUUUGCGUUGCAAAUCGUUGAUAGCGAUGAGGAGAAGUAUAUUGACGAGACGGUUGAAGAGCUAGAGCGGAGCGGAUUACUUGAGGAAAGCGAAUUCUUCCGGCCGGUCAGAGCUGCGGUUGAGUAUGGAACUUUUGCCGAGGAUGAUGACGAUCGCUCGAUCACUCUCUCUGAGGAGGAGCGGGAGCAGCAAAGACUUGAAAAAGAGCGGGAAGAGGAGGAGCGUCGGAAGAAGACCUGGUUGCUCAACUAUGAAACCCGUGUCUUUCUUCAAGAUCCUACAAUGUGGUGGUUGGCUGCCGGUUUCUUCCUGGUGACUGGACCAGGUGAAUCAUAUAUCAACAAUCUCGGGACUAUCAUUCCUACCUUGACACCUCCUUCCUACGAAGCAGAUGCUUCGCCUCCAGCUGGUCUUCCUUCCACCCACGUCACUACCGUUGCAUUGACUUCAACAAUCGCCCGUCUUCUCACCGGCUCUCUAUCGGACUUCUUCGCACCCCCGGCCACGCAUCUCUUCCCACCUAUCCCGGAGGGUGCGCGUCACCGUUCCAUUACUCCAUCCAACAGCCGUCCAACAAUCUCCAGGAUGGCCUUCCUCCUCCCUUCAGCAUUCCUCCUCUCAAUUGGCUACUUGAUUCUUUCUACGCCAAUUCCCCUCCAGGAACCAUCCAUUUUCCACCUCACAACUGCCUUGGUCGGCUUCGGCUAUGGUAGUGCUUUCUCUUUAACUCCGAUCAUUAUUUCGGUGGUAUGGGGCGUGGAGAACUUUGCUACGAACUGGGGUAUCGUUGCUAUGAUGCCUGCCCUAGGUGCUGCACUUUGGGGCGUGGUCUACUCCACUGCCUACCAGAAUGCAAUUGACGCGGGUGCUGGCUUUGGAUCCCCCGAUGGUCAGUGCCAUGGCUGGAGAUGUUAUGGGCUUUGGGCUGUGGGUUGCACUGCCAGUGUCUGGGUUGCUAUUUUAGCUUGGGCAGCUGCUUGGAGGGGCUGGAAGCGGAAGGGUGUUGUUGUUUGA